AGUAGUCUGUGGCUUAGAUUUCAGUUUCGUCAGUCAUAGGGGUACCCCAACUCUAGAACGGUUCAUUAUUAAUUUCCAUUUGGUCGAAUCUGAUGGUUGUGUUACAACGGCAAGCUAGCUAGGCAAAAAGUUCAAAAUUCCGUUCGUAUGAAAUUCAAAAUUCAUCUCGUCUUCCGUUUCCGGCAGACAAGGUCCUCACGAUUGGGACACGAUCACUAGCAAUACCGUCACUCAUUGACAGCCUACUGUUGUCAGAAGAUAGCUGAUUACACAGCGAAGGCACCAUUAUCUGGUGAGACCUGGCUGGAGUUCCACCCCAAUACGGCGAUAUAGUCUGAACGGUUUUGUUACACAGUUGGCGUCCGUGGAGAAGUAACUUAUUUGGAAUCAUACAUACAUAUGUACAAAAAGCCACACGGAACCAAAAAAAGGAUACAAAUUAACACCCAUCGAGGCUUCCGGCGACUUUCGGGCGGGAUCUUUUUAGGAGUAAAGUAAAUAACAGAUUAGGGAUUAGCGCUAACAGACCAUCGGACAUGUCAGGAUCAAAUCCACAUCAGCACCGGCAGCAUCCACCCCGCCACCAUCGUCAGAUUGAAUUCUACGAGUAUCUGAUGCCCGGGAUCUACGACUAUCCGGUGACCCACAGUGCAGCGUCCGCCAUGACUCCGUACAACCUGCCGCCCAUUCUGGGCUUGAGACUGCCAACCUGGACUAUUCCGGCUCCGAAUCCGGCCACCUAUGUUGCCGGACCCUUCGGCCUGAUCAACUACGUGUCCGACAUGGAGUCCCACCUGGCCCUACCCACGAUCCACACCCUUGUCAGUGGCAUGAUCUACGAAGCGAUGAGUCCUAAUCCGCAAACCACCUAUCCCCAUCAAAUGCUCUGUGAUUUUGGCCAAAUAGAGGCAGAUAAUCGGGACAACUACGGCUACCUGGGAUACGGAGAUCCAGCCAUGAAUCUCUGCUUCAACGAAGUUCAUCCAGUUUCCGAGGAGGAGGAGGAUCAGGUCUCUCUGCUUGAAACGGCCAGAGAUCCGCCGAGGGAGCUCGUUGAGGGGCCAGUAGAGAUAGAACCGGCCGUUGUCGAAGAGCCAGGUGACGUACGUCGUUCGUCGAAAAGAGGACACGAGGAGAUCGCCCGAGGUUCCAGUAUCGGAGGAGAAGGACGCCGUCACCGCAGGAAUCAGAAGUCGAAACGCAAGCGGGUCUACGAGGCCGAGCAGGGCUACCUAGUCGAGGAGCCCACCAGCGACGCUUCCGAGGAGGAGGAUCCCGGAGAGGUGCCAAACGUUUCCUAAAGUGUAGAAUCGGGUUUGGGUAUUCAAGGUCACCCGACCAAGGAAUCACCCAAUGCCGAUUCGCGUCAUUCCCAAAAUUUAUUUGCAUGCUAAUUGCGUUGUGUAAAGAUUCGAAACAACCGAGAUCGAACCUCGUCCGAUCCCGGGUUGUUUCGACGUGCAAUACUUAUACUCAUGUGUAGCGAUUUGUACCGAUUGUUGAAAUUUCAUGGAAGGUAACCGAUUUGCGAGUAAGCAAAUAUAUAUUUUAUAUGCAA